AUGAAUCGUGUAUCGCUCGAGUUGCUUAGUGAAAUUGUUUACUCCUCAAAUGCGAGUGCUGUGUGGAAUGAUCUAAAAGAGAGGUUCGAUAAAGCUGAUUUCUCUAGAAUUUUUCAGAUUCAUAAGAAUAUUGCCACAAUUAAUCAAGGUACCAGCUCGAUUUCUUCUUAUUUCUCAAAAUUGAGACAACUGCGGGCAGAGUUUGACAGUCUAGCUCCAAUUCCUGGAUGUGACUGUGAGAAAUCGCGUGAAUUCGUUGUGUUUAUGGAAAGGCUGAAGCUCUUACAGUUUCUUAUGGGGCUAAAUGAAUCUCAUGAGCAAGCUAGAAGCCAAUUGCUCAUGAUGACACCAGCUCCUUCUGUGAACAAGGCCUACUCUAUGAUGAUGGAGAGGGAAAGCCAGAGGGCAAUUGCAUAUACAAGUCCUGUAGAGAAUUCUAAUCUCACUGUUUUGGUGUCUGCUAGAGGUGGUUUUCAACAAAGGCCUAAGAAGAAUUUUAACCUAGUGUGUGACUACUGCAAGUACAAGGGGCAUACCAGAGAGAAUUGCUUCAAACUAGUUGGGUACCCUGCUGAUUUUAAACAUAAGAAGAAAGGAAAUGCAUUCCCUACAGCUAACUUUGUAGGAAACACUGGUGAUUCAGGAACACUAAUGCCUACUAAUGGAAGUCAUGAUGUAUUUUCAGCAGCUAAUUUUGCAGGUAAUAACAGUGGAGGAAACCAUGGGGAGAGGAGUCAAUCUCAGCCUCAUUCAGCAACUUCACCUCACUUAGCUCCUCACUCAGCACCAUAUUUUACUCCAGAACAGUAUCAACAAAUCCUACACAUGCUUGGUAAAGUAAAUGAAGAAGCAACAAGCUCUGCUCAACCAGCAGCAGCAGGUAUAUUUGCUUUUCUAUCCAGUAUAGUCGAUGAUAGGUGGAUAAUUGAUACUGGAGCUACUAACCAUAUGGUAGGGAAUUCUAAGCUGUUGACUAAAUUAGACAAGGAGUCUGGCUUGAAAAGUUGUAAUGUACAUCUUCCAAAUGGGAAUGUGGUACCAAUAUCAAAUACAGGAACAUCUAGCAUACUCAGAAAUCAGGAUAUACAAAAUGUGUUACACAUUCCUGACUUCAAGUUUAACCUUUUGUCUGUAUCAAAGCUGACAAAGGAACUGAAGUAUUGUGUGGCAUUCUUUCCUGAUUUUUGCCUAUUCCAGGACCUCUUCAGUGGGCAGGUAUACUUGGAUUUUUUGUUGAACAAUAAAGCUGAAACUUUUGUCACUUUGAAGCACUUUCUUGCCUUAGUGAAGAAUAGGUUUAAUUCCAAUGUUCAAACAUUAAGAACAGACAAUGGCUGUGAGUUUAUUAAUUCUCAGUUUGAUGAGUUGCUCAAGGAAUAUGGCAUUUUGCAUCAAAGUUCUUGUGUUUAUACACCUCAGCAAAAUGGUGUAGUAGAGAGGAAACACAGAUCUAUUCUAAAUGUAGCCAGAUCCUUAAGAUUUCAAGGUGCUAUGCCUCUGAAGUUCUAG